UAUAAGGAGAGCUGCGGGCCAGCCGGGCGGCCCCUUCGCGUUGCGCAGGGACGGAGACGGGGUGGCGGUGCCUGGUGUCCGCGUAGGAGAGAGCGAGAGCACGGCUCCUAGCAGGCUGUGAGCUCCGGGCUGUCAUCAUGGGGGAUCAGGCUUUGAGCUUCGUCAAGGACUUCCUGGCAGGUGGCAUCGCCGCUGCCGUCUCCAAGACUGCGGUCGCCCCUAUAGAGAGGGUCAAACUGCUGCUGCAGGUCCAGCAUGCCAGCAAACAGAUCAGUGCAGAAAAACAGUACAAAGGGAUCAUUGAUUGUGUCGUUCGAAUCCCCAAGGAGCAGGGCUUUCUCUCUUUCUGGAGGGGUAACCUGGCCAAUGUGAUCCGGUAUUUCCCCACCCAAGCUCUCAACUUCGCCUUCAAGGACAAGUACAAGCAGAUCUUCCUGGGGGGCGUGGACCGGCACAAGCAGUUCUGGCGCUACUUUGCUGGGAACCUGGCUUCCGGUGGGGCAGCUGGGGCCACCUCCCUCUGCUUUGUCUACCCGCUGGACUUUGCUAGAACCAGGUUGGCUGCCGAUGUGGGCAAGGGUUCUGCCCAGCGUGAGUUCAGUGGGCUGGGCGACUGUCUCACCAAGAUCUUCAAGUCUGAUGGCCUGAAGGGUCUCUACCAGGGUUUCAGCGUCUCUGUCCAGGGCAUUAUCAUCUACAGAGCUGCCUACUUCGGAGUCUAUGAUACUGCCAAGGGGAUGUUGCCAGACCCCAAGAAUGUGCACAUUAUUGUGAGCUGGAUGAUUGCACAGAGCGUGACGGCGGUCGCAGGGCUGGUGUCCUACCCCUUUGACACUGUUCGUCGUAGGAUGAUGAUGCAGUCUGGCCGGAAAGGGGCUGACAUUAUGUAUACGGGGACACUUGAUUGCUGGAGGAAGAUUGCAAAAGAUGAAGGAGCCAAAGCUUUCUUCAAAGGUGCCUGGUCCAAUGUAUUGAGAGGCAUGGGUGGUGCUUUUGUAUUGGUAUUGUAUGAUGAGAUCAAAAAAUAUGUCUAAUGUAAUUAAAACUCAAGUUCACUAGUUCACAGUGGACUUGGCUCACAAGUUCACAGAUCCAUUGUGUAACAGACUAUUCCUAGGGAACUAAAACGACAGAUCUUGGAUAAAACCAGACCAUAAGGAAUACCUCAGAAAAAAAAAAAAAAUGCUUCAUUGAGUAUUCAUUUAAACCACAAAUGUAUUUUGUAUUUAUUUUACAUUUAAAUUCCCACAGCAAAUGGAAAAUAACUUAUCAUACUUGUACAAUUAACUGAUAAUGAAGAGAAUAACUGAAUGUGAAUCAUCAAUAAAGAUUACUUAGUGCACGCUCUCUA